AGUUUGUGUUGUGUUGUGACGGGUCGUCUGGAAUCAGGCCGUCUGCGGUCUCUUGCUGUUGUCAAUAAUGGCGGAAGAGCCAUCCAGCAGCACAACGUCUUCCGUCCAGCUGCCUCAACAGUUUCACGCAAUCCAUGGAACUUUAGUGCAGCUCUCGGAGAAUGGAUUUUCAGCCUUCCGUCUCCGCCCUAGUCAUGAAUUCAAUCAGGGGCUGGUAUUCUCCAGUCGGUCACUUAAGGAUGAGCAGGUCUUUGAAGUCCGUAUCGACCGCAAGGUUCACUCAUGGACAGGUAGUAUACAAAUCGGGAUCACCACACAAGAUCCAGCCACCUUCCACCCCGCCCCCCCACCAAAUGCUCUAGAUAUUGUCAAUAAAUCAUGGGUUUUGUCUGGAUGCAACCUAUUUGAAAAUGGCAAAAUUAUAGUGGAAGAUUAUGGACCAAAUCUGGAUGAGUUGAGCGAGGGAGAUAGAGUUGGUAUCAUGCGAACUUCAGAAGGGGAUUUGGUAUUCUAUGUCAACUCAUUUGCUCAAGGCGUAGCUGUUUCAGGCAUCCCCCAAACCAUUUAUGCUCUUGUGGAUUUGUACGGAAAGUGUGUAGAGGUGACUGUGACUAACCACAGGGAGACUCAGUCACAACCUAGACCAUUACUAAGUAAGAUCCCAAUCACAUUCUUUGUAUCAUCUCUGAAACCUAUAUUUCUUGUUACAUCCACAGCAUUAAGCUCAGUUGUUAUGGAUAGUAAUCAAGUUAAUCAAGAAGAAGAGUCUUGUAGUACUGCGAGCACACCAAGCGGGGCACUUCAGGAUCGACUGCGAUUUCAUCACAGGUGUGGAACAAUGGUUAAACUUUCAGCGGGACAGCGAACAGGUGAACGCAGGCGACCAUUAGACGAAUUUAACAACGGGGUCGUAAUGACUCAACGUCCACUUUUACCUGACGAACUCUUUGAAAUUCGCAUCGAUAGUUUAGUGGACAAAUGGUCCGGCUCUAUUGAGGUGGGAAUCACUACCCACAACCCAGUCGCCCUGGAUUUCCCAUCUACUAUGACCAAUCUUCGUAGUGGCACGAUUAUGAUGUCGGGUUGUGGUAUCUUGACGAACGGAAAAGGGACUCGUCGCGAAUAUGGCCAAUGCAAUUUGGACGAAUUAGGUGAAGGAGACCGAAUUGGAUUGAUCCGCAAGGCGAACGGUGAUCUACACUUUUACGUUAACAGUCGUGAUCAAGGUGUUGCUGCCUCUAAUGUACCAAAUCCUGUAUGGGGCGUCGUGGAUCUCUAUGGACGCACAGUCAGAGUUUCACUGAUUGACCGGGAAGACGCUAUUAAAGCUCCAACAAAUGAACCGGAAGAAGAUUCACCCGUAGUAGAACAACUGCUGUUUCAUACGCGAUGUGGCUUGCAUGCAGCUGUAGUGAACGGUGGCACGACAGGACACAGACCAAAUGCACAAAGCGAUUUUAAUCAUGGUGUAGUGCUGACUAGUAGGCCGUUAAAGCCAGAUGAAUUGUUUGAAGUAGUGUUGGACAAGGUGGUACUCAAGUGGGCGGGCUCAAUCGAGAUUGGGGUUACGACUCAGCGGCCGGAAGAUCUGGACUUUCCAGCCACAAUGACAAAUGUCCGUUCUGGCACUUGGAUGAUGACGGGGAACGGUGUCAUGCACAACGGGCUAACAGUGUUGGAUGAUUAUGGAACGUCGCUUGACCGUCUGGGUUCGGGUGAUCGGGUUGGCGUGAUCAGGCGCUCAAAUGGAGUACUGCACUUCUUCGUUAACGGUGAAGAUCAAGGCCCAGCAGCCGGAAAUGUUCCGGAUAAGGUCUACGGGGUUGUCGACUUGUACGGACAAGCAGCCCAAGUAUCCAUAGUAACUCCAUCCCCCGCAACUCCACUUACAGAUUCGUCUCCCUAUCCAUCGUAUCUCUACCCAGCACCAUCACAUCUACUAGCGCCUUUAGUGUCGCCUACCUCAUUGGCCGACUCCACCUACGCCCUCCCCACUUCAUCUUCUUCGACUUCGGCAUCGUCUACGCUCAUUCACACGGACUUGAGCUUUCACAAGUUACACGGUCGUAACACGACACUGUCCAGUAAUUGCCUGACGGCAAGCAGGCCAAAUGCUUUAUCAGAAUUCAACGAUGCCAUCUGCAUAACGUCGAGACCACUAAGGCCCGGAGAAGUUUUUGAAGUGAUCAUUGAGAAACUAGUUGAACGGUGGUCUGGAUCUCUUGAACUUGGUGUCACGUCAAUCCGACCUGAGAAUUUGGAUUUCCCGUCCACUAUGACGGACAUCACAUACGGGACGUGGAUGCUGAGCGGUUCUUCAGUUAUGCAGGAUGGAACUAUCACUCGAAACGGUUAUCCACUAGACUUGGAUGCCUUGCACGAAGGAAACCGUGUAGGAUUAUUACGCCAUGCGGAUGGAAGCCUUCACUACUACCUUAAUGACCAAGAUCAAGGAGCAGCGUGUUGGGGUGUACCACAAGAUCUCUAUGCUGUCAUCGAUUUAUACGGGCAGUGUGCCCAAGUGUCACUGGUCCACAGACCCUUACAGGCGUCAGGUAUACCACCCGAUCAGCAGGAGGGAGAUGCUACUCCGUUGGAUUCUACCACCAGUGAACUAGCAUCAGGAGGCCAGCCGCAUAGACAUUGCCAUCGUCUGUCGCCUCACUGUGGUCGGGCGAUCACUAUUUCAGACGAUGGACGGACGGCCAAGCGGGAGGAUAAGGAUUUCGAAAAUGGACUUGUAUUCAGCUUGUUGCCGCUGCAACCUGAAGAGUCAUUUGACGUGCGAAUUGAGACUAUAUCACAGCGCUGGGCUGGCUCUUUAGGGAUUGGCAUCACGACGUUCCAUCCGCAAGAAGGAACUGUCAUUCCUUCUACACUGAGUGGCUUAGAUUCUGCGUGGUACAUUUCCGGUUCGAAUGUUUUCCAGUCAGGGCGCCAAUUUCUGGCAUCUUGCCUACCUCUAGAACACUUGGUUGUGGGUGAUGUCGUCAGCAUUCGCCGAACAGUAGAAUCUGCACUUCGUUUUGCCAUAAACGGCCGUGACUUGUCGGUGCUCAUUCCCAACAUUCCACACGGCGCAUACGUCGUGUUGGAUCUGCAUGCAAUGGUUCAAUCAGUGAGCGUCAAAAGCAUUGGGAAAGUUGGAUCGCUACCCGAAUCACUUGCUACCACGCCGGCAGCUGCGGCGACUAGUUCUGUACCAGCUGCUACUGGAACGCUACCGUUGUCCUUAAGCCAGCUAGCAUUGCGCGAAGCAAUGCAAGGUAUUCAGAGCGCUUUUAGCAGCCGCUUCGGGAUCGCAUUCAGCCAGCAGCAACGCUUUCACGACCACCAUGGACGCAAUAUUGUCUUUAAGAACAAUGGCCAAACAGCUCAACGGACGGCCAGCUACAAUCAAGGUCUGGUGUAUUCUAAAGAGCCCAUUGUACCCGGAAGCUGUUUUCAGGUCAAGAUAGAACAAUUGGAUGAACGUUGGACAGGCUCGUUAAUGCUGGGUGUUACGGCCAUUCCACCGGACAAGAUGCCAUCUACCCCGCCUACCUGUGCUCUAUUACUAAAAAGGCCUAGCUGGAUCAUUAGCGGACGAGCUCUUCAUCAAGGUGGUCGUAAAGUGCGAUCUGAUCUCAAAUUUGAUCUGAAUGAAUUACGAGUCGGUCAAAGCGCUGGAGUCCAUCUAAGCCAAACAGGUCAUCUGCACGUUUUGAUCGACGGAUUUGAUUGUGGCUCCGUGGCUUGGGUUGGAACCAGUGAAUCUCUCUUUGCCGUUAUCGAUCUUUAUGGCAAAACCGCAGAAAUUUCCACGGUUUCACUGCGUUCCGCAUCAACCACAACUUCAACCCCUACGACACAGCCGGCAUUGAAUGAGGAAAAAGCCCUGCGAGAAAGUUCGAAUUCGGAGAAAAGUUUGACAGGAGGAAAAACCAAUUCCCAUCGGUCGUGUCGUUACAAACUCGCUUGCUCAAGAUUCGUUAAUAUAAUGGGUCUGCCGGACGCGUACCUGGAGAGCGAGGGUAGUGUUUGCGGUUGCGCCCAGUGCUUCUGUGAGCAAGAAGGCACGUUAAAUAAAGUCGGCGAAGAAAUGAAAGGCUGGUGCCGCUGGAUUGUCAGAAAUCGACGGUCAGUCGACAAGAAAGAUGGUCCUGGUAGUAACGAAAAAUGGCAAACAGCGUUUCAUGGCACACGUCCAAGCGUGGUACGACGCAUUCUUGAUGAAGGUCACUUGCUUUCACCGGAUCUUAAUGUCUGGCAAAGAACAAAGGCAGCCCGUCGUAGUAGUAAAGGUAACGAUGGUGAAUCGAACGGCCAGCUUCUCUUUUCCCCAUCUUUACAGCCAGCUACGUUAGCUCCAACUGCAGAGCUCUAUGAUCCACUGCAUAAGAAAAUUCAACGAGGUCAAGUUGUUCUUCAAGUUCUUGUUCAGCCUGGAUCCUACAAGGUUCGAAAAGCAACAAGUCCCCUCAAUGCUCUAGCGCCGUUAGCACCAGCAGCCAUUACUAUGGGUGGGUCGGUGACCUGCAGUUCAGAUCCAGCACACCAGCAACAAUUAUUAAACCCACACGCGGAAUCAACUGCGAUAACGGACGAGGAUCCCGCCAUAUUUUGGUACACUAAGGAGCGUGGAGCUGCUAUUGUACAAGCACUUUUGAUUAAAUUAGACGAAACUGCCUCGGCAUCUAGUUGAACCAUACCAUCUGGAAGUACACGCACGAAAUCGGGUUGUUUUCUAGCUUUAAUGGAUUAUUUGUUGUGACUGCUUCAAUAUAAUCCCAAAAUUUGAAUUCUCAUUCACUGUACAUACACAUGAACAAAUAAAUGUGCUAGCUCUUCUUCA